AUGCCGAUUAGCUCCAAUUAUCCCGACGUCCAGCUGCGGGAGGCCGAUAUAUUUUCCUUCUUAUUCGUUCGAGAUGAUCUGCCUUUCGCCGAAGAUAAAGUGAUUUUUCAAGACGCCGAUGAAUCCGCGCUGCGAUAUACCUAUGCAGAUGGCGAUGUGAUUGCCCUCUUUACACCAAACAGUAUCGAUGUGCCGGCGGUCGUGUUUGGAGCUCUAUGGACAGGAGCUGUACUGUCCUCGGCAAAUCCAGGAUACACGGUCGGUGAGCUGGAAUUCCAGCUGCGAGACUGUGGGGCGAGGUACCUCAUUGCACACCAGUCGUCUCUCCCAACGGCACGCAAGGCGUGUGCGCGAGUCGGGAUCCCCGAGUCUCGAAUCAUCCUGGUCGGCAUAUCCAAGUCUUCAUCCGUGGGCAUACAGAAGGUUCGGCACUGGACAUCGAUUCGUGACGCUGGGACGAAUUCUGUGCGAGUUGCUCCACCCCAGAUCAAUCCCAAGGAGGAUCUUGCAUUCCUCGCAUACUCUUCCGGUACGACAUCGGCGCCCAAGGGAGUGAGGCUCACCCAUUUCAACGUCACGGCCAACAUCCAGCAGAUGCGCCCUCUGGAAACAGUCACCUGCGAUGGAUCUAUCCGCAUCCCUGGGAUUCCAGACGCGCCCAGGACGGGCGACAAGGCGCUUGCAUGUCUGCCGUUCUUCCACAUCUACGGCCUUACCUGCAUGAUGAUCAACCCUCUGUACACAGGCAUCGAGUGUGUUCUGAUGGGCUCGUUCGACAUUGAACGGUGGCGCCAGGCCGUGCAGAAACAUCGAAUUACCGUCGGCUACCUGGUCCCGCCCAUCUUGCUGCUGCUGUGCAAACACCCAGCCGCAGACAAGUACGACUUGAGUUCUCUGCGGAUCUGCUCCUCGGGCGCAGCCCCUCUGACGAGAGAGUUGGUCGAGACCGUGUUCAACAAGAGGGGGUUGCGUGUCAAACAAGGCUACGGACUUACCGAGACGUCGCCCACGCUCUUCGCCAUGAGGUGGCAGGACUGGCAUUCGCGCGUAGGGACCACGGGCCUCUUGGUGCCUAAUAUGCGAGCCAAGUUCCACGAGCCAUUUGACGAGGAAAUGCCGAACCGAAAGACCAAAGAGCUACCUCGGGGCGAAGUGGGCGAGCUGUACGUGCAGGGCCCCAAUAUCUUCCAUGGAUACCACAACAAUCCUGCGGCGACGGCCGAAUGCCUGCGAGAUGGCUGGUUCCGAACCGGCGAUGUUGGGUUUAUGGACGCCGAGGGUAACCUCACCAUUACGGACCGGGCCAAAGAGUUGAUCAAGUACAAAGGAUUCCAAGUCGCCCCGGCCCAGCUCGAGGGUCUCUUGAUCGAUAACGAUAUUGUUGACGACGCAGCCGUCGUCGGUGUAUCAUUGCCGGAGCAGGCCACCGAGGCGCCCAGGGCCCACUAUAAACUGCGCGGCGGCGUCAGGUUCAUCGAUGCCAUCCCGAAAACCGCCAGCGGGAAGAUCCUCCGGCGAACCCUGAAGGAGCUGGUCAAGCAAGAAGCACAGGCGAGCUCAGAGCUGAAGAGCCACUUAUAG